AUGGGAAGAAACGUACAAGAAAACCAGGAGCACAUAGAGGCAAUAGCAGAGUACAGAAGAGCGAAAGAGGAGAAAAUUUCACUGUCUAGGUUGAAUGCGAUCAUUCAGUAUGGAUUAAGAUUUCUCAAUUCCUUCCUCUUCACCCUCAAUCUUCUCGCCCCUCAGUUGGCCUCCUAUCCGGAGGUUGAUUAUGCUCGCCAAUUACUUCAAUCGUGGAAAAUCCUAAUCCAAAUGUACCAAACCUCUCUCUUAAGUGGAAAAGGUGAAGAAGGAAUGAGAAGAAACGUGCAAGAAAACCAGGAGCACAUAGAGGCAAUAGCAGAGUACAGAAGAGCGAAAGAGGAGAAAAUUUCACUGUCUAGGUUGAACGCGAUCGUUCAGGAUGGAUUAAGAUUUCUCGAUUCCUUCCUCUUCACCCUCGAUCUUCUCGCCCCUCAGUUGCCCUCCUAUCCGGAGGUUGAUUCUGCUCGCCAAUUGCUUCAGUCGUGGAAAAUCCUAAUCCAAAUGUACCAAACCUCCCUCUUAAAUAAUUUUUGUGGAAAAGGUGAAGAAGGAAUGAGAAGAAACGUGCAAGAAAACCAAGAGCACAUAGAGGCAAUAGCAGAGUACAGAAGAGCGAAAGAGGAGAAAAUUUCACUGUCUAGGUUGAACGCGAUCGUUCAGGAUGGAUUAACAUUUCUCGAUCCCUUUCUCUUCACCCUCGAUCUUCUCGCCCCUCAGUUGCCCUCCUAUCCGGAGGUUGAUUCUGCUCGCCAAUUACUUCAAUCGUGGAAAACCCUAAUCCAAAUGUUGAACGCGAUCAUUCAGUAUGGAUUAAGAUUUCUAGAUUCCUUCCUCUUCACCCUCGAUCUUCUCGCCCCUCAGUUGCCCUCGUAUCCGAAGGUUGAUUCUGCUCGCCAAUUACUUCAAUUGUGGAAAAUCCUAAUCCAAAUGUACCAAACCUCUCUCUUAAGUGGAAAAGGUGAAGAAGGAAUGAGAAGAAACGUGCAAGAAAACCAGGAGCACAUAGAGGCAAUAGCAGAGUACAGAAGAGCGAAAGAGGAGAAAAUUUCACUAUCUAGGUUGAACGCGAUCGUUCAAGAUGGAUUAAGAUUUCUCGAUUCCUUCCUCUUCACCCUCGAUCUUCUCGCCCCUCAGUUGCCCUCCUAUCCGGAGGUUGAUUCUGCUCGCCAAUUGCUUCAGUCAGAAUAG